AUGCGUCACCUGCUCACCGCCGUCCGCCGCCCCUUCCUCCACCGCCAUGCCGUCCUCCAACGAGCCAAUUACAAGCCCCAGCCGCCUCCACCCCCGCCGUCUCCGCCGAGACCCCCCAAAAAGCCGGAGAGCUUCUGCCUUCACGGCGAUUCGUGGGAGGACGAGUACAUCUGGAUGUCGCAGCUGAAGGACAAGGUGGCGAUGCGGCACAUGGACGUGUACAUGGAGCAGGAGGAGAAGUACACCGAGGCCGUCAUGUCCGACACCGAGCGUCUCCAAUCCAAGCUCCAAUCGGAGAUUGCCUCCCGCCUCGCCGCCGACCUCUCCACCCCUCCCGUCCGCUGGGGUCCUUGGUUGUAUUAUAGGCGAGUGGAAGAAGGCAAGCAAUAUCCAGUAUUGUGUCGGAGAUUAGCAAGCUUAAAUGAAGAGUUUAUUUCUAAUAAAUCACCGGCAGGUGGUUUUGAUUUUACAUCCGGAAGGAAAAUUGAGCAAAAGCUGAUAGAUUACAAUCAAGAAGCUGAAAGAUUUGGGGGUUAUGCCUAUGAAGAAUUGUCUGAAAUAUCACCUGACCAUCGGUAUCUUGCAUACACCAUGUAUGAAAAGGAUAAUGAUUACUUCAAGUUAUCCGUUAGAGACUUGAACUUCGGAUCCCUAUGUAGUAAGCCCCAAGCUGACAGGGUUUCCAGUAUGGCUUGGGAUAAAGAUGGGAAAGCAUUGCUUUAUGUAGUCACUAAUGAUAAAAAGAGGCCAUUUAGGCUCUAUUGUAGCAUACUUGGUUCAAAAAAUGAGGAUGUAUUGCUUUUGGAAGAACCUCAUGAAAAUGUUCAUAUAAAUGUGAGGCAUACUAAAGACUUUCAUUUUCUGACCGUAAAUGUAUUUUCAACUCAAUAUUCCAAGGUAUUUCUGAUAAAUGCAGCGGAUCCUUUGUCUGGAAUGACGCUUGCCUGGGAAUGUGAGCCUAAUGCCCAUUGCAUUAUUGAGCACCAUCAAGGAUACUUAUACCUCUUUACAAAUGCUGCUUAUCAAGGCCAACCUGUUGAUCACCAUUAUCUUCUACGUUGUCCUGUUUCUUCCCAUUAUAAUCCAAGAAAUUGGGAGAAUAUUUUUGCCAUUGACCAACAGUUGAAUAUUGAAGACGUCGACUUCUGUAAUUCUCACUUGUUACUUGUUACAAGGGAUGAUAAAAAAUAUGGGCUGUAUUCAAUUUCUUUACCUCUAAGUAUUGACAAGGCAGGAGCUCAUCUCAAUGAGUUCAAUCCACAAAGUUUGCCUUUGCCAGAUCAUGUGUCCCAGAUACUGCCAGGAGCAAAUUAUGAUUUCUAUUCUUCGACCAUGCGCUUUACAAUAAUCUCACCUGUGAUGCCUGAUGCAGUAGUCGACUAUGAUUUAUUGAAUGGAAAAUGGACCAUCGUCCAACAGCAAAAUUUGUUUUAUGAAAGAACGCGAAUUUUGUAUGGAUCGUCAUCUCCCGUGAGCAGCUGUCAGAAGUCGUCUACACCCGGAAAAUUCUCGGACAGUAGUCCUGGAGAUGAUAGAUCAUGGAAUGACCUGUCUGAGUAUUACGCUUGUGAAGAAUAUAAUGUCCCUUCACAUGACGGGGUUUUGGUUCCUCUGACCAUAGUAUAUUCACGCCGUCGGAAGACAAAUGGUGAAAAUCCUGGACUACUUCAUGGACAUGGAGCUUAUGGUGAGAUUCUCGAUAAACGGUGGAGAAACGAGCUGAAAAGCCUUCUUGAUCGUGGAUGGAUCAUUGCUUAUGCUGAUGUUAGAGGUGGUGGUGGUCGAGGUAAGACGUGGCAUCAUGAUGGUAGGAGAACAAUGAAGCUCAAUUCUGUCAAGGAUUAUAUAUCGUGUGCGAAGUUUCUAACUGAAAAAGGAGUUGUGCAAGAAAGCAAACUAGCCGGCUGGGGAUACAGUGCCGGAGGAUUGUUGGUUGCUUCAGCUAUUAACUUUUGUCCAGAUUUAUUUCGGGCUGCUAUUUUGGAGGUACCAUUUUUAGAUCCAACUAAUACCCUUCUGCUCCCGAUUUUACCACUAACACCCGAAGACUAUGAGGAGUUUGGAUACCCUGGGGACAUUGAAGAUUUUCGGGCUAUACGUGAAUAUUCUCCGUACGAUAAUAUCCAAAAAGACGCACUGUAUCCUGCCAUUUUGGUGACAUCAUCUUUCAGUACAAGGUUUGGGGUCUGGGAAUCAGCAAAAUGGGUCGCGCGAGUUAGGGAAUAUUCUAUUUACGACCCUAUGCGCCCAGUACUUCUCAGUUUAACAACCGACAUAAUUGAGGAAAACAGAUAUCUGCAAAGCAAGGAAUCAGCACUCCAAACAGCUUUUCUCAUUAAGACUGUGGAUUCCUAA